AUGGCGAUAUGUGGAGAGGUACUCAAUGACUCCCGCUAUCUUUUUAAGAAUGUGUUGCCUUAUUUCAAGAAGACUGUUUCUUUUUCGCCGCCGAUAAGGGCGCACUUCACAAAUGCCACGCCGUUGUUCAACGCCAUUGCAUUUGACAAAGAAGGCCAGCCAGUGCAGGUCUCAUAUCCGAAGUAUGCGAUUCCUUUUUCCACAUGGGUGAAACACGGGUUUGACGAAAUUGGCCUUCAAGAAGCGCAAGAUUUCAACAGCGGCUCUCUCAUGGGCCAUCAGUUCUAUACAAUGACAAUUUACCAAACGCAUGGAUCAAGAAGCAGCUCUGAGUCGGCCUUUUUAUCGCAGAAUAGACAGUGGACCUUCUACUUAUAUGCCAUGGCCAAGAGAAUUCUGUUCGACAAUCAAAACAGAGCAAGGGCAACCAAUUCAUUCGGACAGCAACUCGAGAAGUCAUCAUUUCAGCGGGUGUCUUUCACUCUCCGCAAUUUGUUGAUGGUCUCUAGUAUAGGCCCUUCUCAUGUCCCUCGAACAUACGGCAUUGAUCUCAUCACCGACCUUUCUGGGGUUGGCCAGAAUAUUGAUCCCCUGUAUCUUCUCUCGCAGGUCGAGGCUUGGUUUCAUGGUGGAAAUGGAGACUUGACAAACCCAUCGAUAGACUAUGUGGCAUUCGAAAAACUCCCAUUAAGAUCCCGCUCUGGCUUCUUCGAAGAAAACAACAGGAUCUGGCUUAAUUCUCAAAUGACUGGCUAG